UUUUGCCGAAGAUAAAUAAAUAGAUUAGAGCCAUGGACAAGCUAAAUUCUACCCUAACUGCUGUGAAGAAUCUGCGUUCCAAUGUUAAACAGUGCUUUGAGCAUUUGGCUGAUGGAACAGAUGGUGAGGGCGGCGAGGAGAGCCGUAAUAAGUUCGUGCAUGAGUUUCAGGAACGAUUUGGAGCUAUUAAUUUGCAAUUGCGUGAAGUGGAACAGCUAAUAAAUGGACUGCAAGUACCUCCUACACCUUAUUCCUUGGGAAACACGGCGUAUCUAGCACAGGAGACUUCCCAGGACCGGCAGGCCCUAUAUCCGCAGCUAGUGAACAGCUACAAGUGGAUUGACAAGGUGCACGACCACAGUUUCCUGGCCUUCAAUAAUCUCAACCAGAACACCCUUAGACGAUCAUACAACUAUUGCUCUCAGAAAAGACAACGAUUGCCUUUCUCCUCAUUUAACAAUGAUCCAGACCACAUAGAGAAAUUACUCAGCGAGAUCAACACUCCGGCGCAUACUUCGUAUAGGAUUAUCCGACCAUUCGGUACGAAUGUGGUAGCCAUUGUGACCAUUAGCAACGUUAUGAAGGCGGCCAUUGUGUUCAAGGGUGUGCUUAUCGAGUGGGUGACGGUGAAAGGCUUCGACGAGCCGUUGGACCACGACGAUCUUUGGGCGGAAUCCCGGUACGAGGUAUUCAGAAAAGUGCAGGAGCACGCCCACUCCGCCAUGUUGCACUUCUUUUCACCCACUCUGCCCGAUUUGGCUGUCAAGAGCUAUGUAACGUGGCUCAACAGUCACAUCAAAUUGUUCCUGGAACCCUGUAAACGGUGCGGGAAGUUCGUAGCGCACGGACUGCCUCCCACUUGGCGGGAUUUGCGCACUCUGGAACCUUUUCACGAGGAGUGCCGAAAUUGCUAGUUGUAUUAAAUAGAAUUACCUUUAAGUUGUAACUUGUAUACUUCAUUUAUUUCAAAAACAAAAAAUUAUAUGUACUUUGAAUGCA